GUUCUUCUCCCGUAAGAUGCCCGAGUUGCGUUGAUCCUUCUCCAACCGUAUUUCUUAAUAAACACCAAAAUAAGCUCUCAGUUUUCUUUAUUCCCGUUUGGUGGUUCAAACCAAAGUUUCUUUGGAUUUGUGAAAGAUGCAAAUGGACAGGAGACACAAGGCCUAAUGAUGAACAGGUCCGACAGAGGGAGGAGGCGGAGUUGACGUUGCGACAGCGGCAACCUUUGCCAACUUGGGGGUUGAGAAAGUGUAAAACUUGUGAUAAAGAGAUUAACGUUUCUGGUCGCAUCAAGUACUGCCCAUACUGCGGAAGUCCGGUUCAGGUCUAA